GUACAAUUUCUUCCUCGAGAGCUGUGGACAUUUUCUAUCCUCUAUUUUCAUAAAUGCAUCCAUCUCGACUGAAGGCCUACUCGAUCUGUGACAGGGACAUUAUCGGGAUUUGAACCUGACCUGACGGACCAAGUCGAUUGUAUUGUCUCGUACCAUCAUAUCUACCGAAACAGACUACCGAGAACGUUUAAAUGAUCCUUAGACCUGAUGAGUUUUAGGAAGAAUCAAACAAUCAUCCAGCGAAAUUCCAAUCGGCCACCUUGCGAAUCUGAAGAUAAGGAGGGAGCGAGGUCCAGACACUGCGUCCAGGGACCGAGGUUAAGGGUGCGAAUGACUCCCCGCAAGCCUCGCUUAGUGGCCCCGCCCCCGCAUCUUAAAAGCAGGAUAGGCAAUGGGGAUAGUCGGGGAGAUCGUCUUGGCUCAAUUGGUCUGGGGUCUUGGAAAUGCUUAUGAGAAUGUCAUUGGUUCUCCCCCAGAAGACAGGAGCCACAUCCCGUAUUCACGCCUGCUUCGGCCAGCUGUUCGGCAGUUCUGGGCCUUCUGCAGGAACCGCAUCCCUUGCAUUGAAACAACGGGUAUAAG